AUGCUAAUCAAGAACAAGGAGAUAUAACUUAGAGUUAGAUUCCUUGGUGUUUAUUAGUAUGAGGGAGAUAAGCAAUUAGAUGUUAAGGAUCCUAGAUAUCAAACUUUACUCUUUGUGCAUUAACCCAUUUUUAACUCCUAGCAGUAAAGUACUACUUAGAACAUAAAAAAUAUUGAUAGCUAAAGUAGAGACGCAUAGAUAAUGCAGUUUAAAUUUUCGGGUUUCGAAUACCCUUUAAUAGAGAGAUGUGUCAAAGAAAUAUAAAGAAAAGAUCAUUAGAUAUUUAAGAGUUGUCAAUACAUUCAUUUGUCGCUUAAAGAUAAUGAAAUCUAGGGUUAUAUGGCUGAGGGGUAGACUGAUUUAUUUUAUGGGUUUUUAAGUAGAGUAAAGAAAGUGAAUAUUUUUAAUAAGUUUUUAGCAAAGGAGGGAUUUGCAAUACUUACUGAUUAGUAUAAGAAAUUAGACACUGAAAACAUCAAGGAAUUUUCUAUAAAUUAUGAGAGGAUGAUUAAGGUUGUUUAAAAUGAAGAUAAAAAUGCAAGAGUUAAUCAAAUAGGGCCAAUAUGGGAGAAGUAUUAAAGUGAAAUGACUAAAGACAGGAAAAUCAAUAAGCUCAGGUAUUAGAAAGAUAAAUUCUUCCAGAAAUUAAGUGAAAUAUUUAAGAGAUGA